AUGCGUUCUUUAGUGUUAAACCUACUAGUCUGUAUUUUAUUUGUUAAAGUUACUAUCAGUGAAAAUAUUACUAUCGAAAAUGUGACAGUGCAGUGGUAUCUUAAUGACAAACAAAUGGAGUCGGUAGCUACAUCUGAGAAUCUUAAGAAAAUCAUUCCUGAUGUUACCCAAGUGUCGGUGCACAUCUUUGGACACGUUCCUAUCUUGUACAAAAAAUCGAUUUUCGGUAUACCAAAUUUGAACAGACUUAACUUGUCCGAUGUGGGUUUGGAGGAAAUUGAAUUGCAAGCUUUUGGUAACUUACCACCUUUGGAAAGUCUCCUUCUAUCUUGGAACAACUUGACACAAAUCAAAACUGAUACUUUUUCCGAUCUAAAUGUAUCGAAUGUAGAUUUGUCUUUCAACUCAAUCACCCUUCUAGAACCAGGAGCCUUCAAGAAUUUCAACGCUUCAAUCGUGUCACUUGAUAGCAACAGACUCACUGAAUUUUUAAGUGGUGUUUUUGAGAACGUUACUCUUGGAAGCUUGAGUUUGAGUGAUAAUCUUCUCCACACCAUCCCACCAACGGCUCUGUCUUCAAUUGGACUGACAAAAUUGUAUUUGUUUGGGAACAACUCAUCUAUUUGUAUCUAG